CUCAUGCCGUAUAUCAUGGCUUGCGUGCUUUUUGCAGGCCGGGAGGCACGACUUGGGCUUUUCUACCUUCUCUUCUUUUCUUUCUCCCAACUCCCGGUGUUCAACUGCGAGUUGGCCAGUCUUGCAACAUUACUGCUCCGCUUGACUUGACGGCUUCGACAAAUCCCAAACAUGAAGCUGUGGGUAGUGUGGUUCGGUAUCCUCUGCAGCACUCUUGCAGGCGCAGCUCCCAGCUCACUGCAGACUCGGCUCGUCACUCGACAAAAUCCGCCUGCGACCCAGCUAGCUGGGCCUCCCAAGGCUAAGCAGCCCCUCAAGAGCAGAUGCAACAACGAGUGCCUGGAAAAGACCUAUGUUCAAGUUGGGUGUUCUCACGCUCACGACUGGAUGUGUCUUUGUGUUGAAUUUGAUGGGGGACAAUGGGACAUCGCGAACGCUGUUCAGCAGUGCUUUCUAGACAAUUGCUUGGAUGCCGAAGACAGGAUGUCCUGGCGAGGGAUCACCAACAGUCACUGUGGGCGGGACAUGAAGUCUCUAUCGAAGCUCGACGUGUGGGGAAUUCUGAGAAGCAACAGCCUCCUAUCGUACUCGCCGAUCAUCCUCUCGACUACGAUGCUGGCCUCCCUGUUGGUGGCGGCGGGCUUCUCAGCAUCGGCUGUGGCAGCCCCGUCAGCUUUGUAUCCUCAGACAAAAUGCAUGGAUGUUGCCAGCAAAAUCCAAAAGGCCAUUCGCCAUGGAUUUCCUCACUUUGUGACUGUCGAUGAGAAUCGAAAUUGCAAACCUCAAUAUCGGCUUAACAGGGGCGAGUGCUGGGAUCACAUGAGCCCCGACAACAAUUGCAAGGCCUACUGUGAAACAAGCCAUGGGUGGUAUUGGGGCCACCCGCGGGUCCUGGGCAUUCGGAGCUGGCACAACCCAUGUCAACGAAGUGAUAGUUGCGGGAUUUCUGUGAGUCUCGGUGGCCCAGUCGGCGAAGCCACGACCGUCAUGAUCAAGGACGAAUCUUCCACUGGAAACAGCACCACUUACAAGGAUGGAAUAUCAUGGAGCGAUACAUGGACUGUUGCGGAUACUUUCAACUUCGGGGUAACCGGCACAGCCGGUGUUGGUCUGUCUAAUAUACCGCUGUUUGAUGGGGUUCCAAUCAUGGGAAAGGCCGGUGUGGACAUGACAUCGGGUUAUGCACACAGCGACGGCCAAAGAUUCGAGCAAAGCCGAAAGCGGAGUGUGGAUUGGGAGAGUAAUGUCAAGUCUUCUCAGUCGUAUGGGAUCAUGAGGACGCGGCAAAGAUCCCUCUCAUACUCUACAACCGGUAGUUGGUCAAAAGACGUCUGGGCCAAUGACUAUUGUGGCAGCUGGUUUGCGGUGCCGCUCUUGGGGAUGAGUUGUGGCAGAGCAGCGAUGGGCGACUUGGUGAAGAAUCCUCUCAAUAACCACACUCGAUGUAAUCUCGACAAGUUUGGAUCGUUCGACGUGUGUGCCUCGUAUGGGUUCAAGCACGAGACGGUUCCCGAUGAAUCUCGCACCAGGACGGUAUUUGUGCUGCGCGACUGCAAGCGAGGUUUUAUGCUCCCUGGCGAGUGGCAGCAACAUGAGUUUGCCUACAGCACCAUUUCGUCCAUGCCUGAGUACUACAGGGAUCACAUCUCGAGAUGGGGCAUCAGAAACCUGGACGAGAAGCCCGAGGACGAUGAAUGGGUGUUCCAGAGACAGAUGGACCAGAAGCUCCACAAGUUCACAAAGACCAUUGGCGUUACCGACUACAACUUCAAGUACUGCGGAGAGGGCGAGUACUGCGUCCAACUGAAGUUGACCAAGGAUCGGUGCUAUGAUAUCCCGCGUGGCUAUGUCAGUAUGCCCGAUGAAAGCCCCAAAUCAGCCCACGUUGUUUCGGCCACCGUCAUGCCCGGCCACUGCUGUAUGCUUUUCUCCAGACACCAAUGUCUUGGACAGGCACAGCGUCUGCUCCCCGGAGAUACGAAGCUGGAAGAGGUUGCGUAUGAGGGUCUCGCCCACAGUGUUGUCUGCAAUGCGAGUGAGUAUUGCCGCUCUCAGACAGACGAAGGUUACGGCAGCGCCAGCGAGGAUGACUAGGCGUCUUAGCCGUGAAUUUCCAGAAUUGAUUGGGACGGCAAAACUUCUUCGGAUACCCUCGGAGUAAUGAGAAGGAGUUAGAU